GGAAUGAAGUUAGUCUUUGAUUGACGGUUUCGGAGAGAGAUCAGCGAACAUUUGUUUGGCUUUGAUUUUUUGUCCUAAUUGAUUAUUCAUAAUGAAAAGUGCUUAUUAAAUAGUAAUCAUGUUGAGCCAAACAUCUACAGAAGCGAUGCUUUCAGCCGCUUAUGUGGAAAACUAUUUAGAUUGUGUUGAAAAUCUUCCAAAUGAUCUGCAGCGACAAUUGUCGCGUAUGCGAGAGCUUGACGUAACAUACAGAGAAUGCCUGCGAGACGCAGAAACCCACCUGGCGGUGUGCCUGGCACCGAGCACGGAGGAGCGCCGCCGCACGCGCGCCGCCGCCCGCCUGCAGGCCGCGCUCGUGGCCGCGCAGGACAUCGGCGACGAGAAGCUGCAGGUCGUGCAGCUGCUACAGGACCUGAUUGAUAAUAAGCAGCGGUCUCUGGAGGUGGAUCAUAAGAAGCUGAUGGCAUGUGUAGACGUGAACACAAACGGCACAGCCAAGGAGGAGCCGAGCACCCCCGAGUCCACACGAGUGGAGAAGGAGGCGGCGACCCCGGCCCGGGAGCCCGCGCACGCGCCGCCGCCGCCGCCGCCCGACCGCAACGCUGAGCGGGAGAAAGAGAAACCUGAUAGAGAUAAAACUGGCGAGCGCAUGUCGAAGCGCGCGCGGCGCACGCGCACGGGCGCGAGCGCGGGCACAGACGGCGCCGACUCCAGCGAGCGCGACUCGGAGCGCCUCGCGCACCACAACACCAGCGCCACGCAGAAGAAAGGCAUAGGCAAAAAGAAGAAGCGCAAAGCGCGCCAAGUGGCGGCACGUUCAGAGACCCCGCCCGAGGAACAGGACGCCAUAGACCCAGACGAGCCCCGCUACUGUCUCUGCGACCAGAUCUCCUUCGGCGAGAUGAUCCUCUGUGACAACGACCUCUGCCCCAUCGAGUGGUUCCACUUCUCCUGCGUCUCACUCACCACCAAGCCCAAGGGCAAGUGGUUCUGCCCCAAGUGCCGGGGCGACCGCCCAAACGUAAUGAAGCCCAAGGGACAAUUCCUAAAAGAACUAGAACGGUACAACAGAGAAAAGGAGGAGAAAGCAUAGUGCUAGUUAAGGUUAGGUUAAGGUUUGAUUUCGGAUUCUAAUGUUUGGUUUAAUUUCGUACGUGUACAUGUUAUGUUUUCGAUUGUUAAGUCGCGUUGGGAGCUCGCUGGGUAAUGAGGGCUUCCCGUUUUGCGUUGAAGUGAUUUAUUUUUUAAGACUUUUGGUGCAAUUUCUCAGUGAAUUACGCACAAAUUGAAGUGAAAGUGCGGUUGAAAAGCAAUUUAUAUUGAUAAAAAAGUAUUAUUGAAGGCAAUUUGACCGAUGUAUGAAUGUGUAAAUAAAUAAACAUUUUUCAUAAUAAUUA